AUAUCAAACCAUGCAUUGUAUCCUACACAUCAACAUGUGUUGUAUAUAUGUAUUGUGAGGCGGAAUGGCUUACAUGCUAUGAUCAGGCAUGACUGUUUAUGUUGAACAGUAAAUACAGAGCACGUAAUCGUGUUAUAAUAUAAUAUACAUUAAAGUUUACUUUAAUGUGUAAUUAAGAUUAUGGCGUCAGGAUUAGAAAGUUACGUGAAUCACACAGUCUCUAUUAUCACUUCUGAUGGCAGAAAUUUUAUUGGGACACUAAAAGGUUUUGACCAAACUAUCAAUAUAAUAUUGGAUGAAUCGCAUGAACGUGUAUAUAGUACUACACAAGGUGUAGAACAAGUUGUAUUAGGUUUACACAUUAUUAGAGGUGACAAUGUGGCAAUUGUAGGAGAAUUGGAUGAUGAAAUGGAUGCACGUUUGGAUCUAUCAGCUAUAAGAGCUGAUCCUUUAAGUUCCAUUGUACAUUAAUGGAACAUGAUUUUAACUAUAAUUAUUGGAUAAAGACCAA